AUGUCGAGAAUAGACAAACUAUCCAUUUCGGGGGUUCGUUCAUUUAGUCCCUCAGUGCGCGAGGCCAUCCAAUUCAACACUCCGUUGACACUCAUCGUGGGUUACAAUGGGUCCGGAAAGACGACAAUCAUCGAAUGUCUCAAGUAUGCCACCACUGGGGAACUGCCGCCGAAUAGCAAGGGUGGCGCCUUUAUUCACGAUCCCAAGCUAUGUGGAGAAAAGGAGGUCCUGGCGCAAGUGAAGCUCCAGUUCCGCUCCAUCAACGACCGCCAGCAUGUUGCCACCCGCAGCUUGCAGCUGACUGUCAAGAAAGCCACGCGGUCUCAGAAGACGCUCGACUGCUCGCUGGUCGUUGUGAACAAUGGCGAGAGAACCACGACCUCGACGAGACAGGCGCAACUCGACGAGAUGAUUCCCGAACGACUCGGUGUUUCCCCCGCCAUCUUGGAUGCAGUCAUAUUCUGCCACCAGGACGAAUCGCUGUGGCCGCUCAGCGAGCCGGCAGCUCUGAAGAAGCGGUUUGACGAAAUAUUCGAGGCCUUGAAGUAUACCAAAGCCAUUGAUAACCUCAAGGUCCUCCGCAAAAAGCAUGUUGAAGAGCUGGGCAAGCUGCAGAACGACGAGGCGCACAACAAAGUCAACAAAGACCGCGGCCAGAGAGCUGAGAAGCGAAUGGUGGGUUUGCAGGGCGAAAUUGAGCAAGCUCGGGAAAGGUGUGAAGCCCUUUCAUCCCAGAUGCAGGAUACUCAGGAUCAAGCUCGUCAAAAACAUGAGCAAGCGAACAGCUUCCUCCAAAUCGUCCAGAACCUUCAGAAUAAGCGAGAACAGCUAGAAUACCGUCGGGAUGCUGUGAACGAGUUGAAACAAACUUUCGAUGAGCUUCCGGGGGACGACGAGGCGCUGGAAAGUGCCUUGGAGCAGUACGAGCACAGCAUGGAGCGUUACCGCCUGGAAGCCGAGCAGAACAAGAGCCAGUACAACGCCUUGCAACAGCAACUGUCCCUCUCACGCAAACAAUUAUCCACCAAGCUGUCGGAGCAGGGCAAGCAUCAGUCUGACAAGGAAAAAUACGAACGUCAACUCACGGCGCGUAUGGAAAUGAUACAGGAAGCCGCGACCGCCUCUGGCUUCCGCGGUUACGACGGCAGUCUAAAUGAGGUGCAAGUCAAGUCGUUCAAUGAAAAGGUUCAAAAGCUUCUCGCCGAGAAGAAGCGGGAUCUUGAGCGCUUGCAGAAAGAAAACACCGUCGAGCUGGACAAGGCAACCGCUGUCAUAACCGAGCUGGAGGGGCAAAAGGCUGCGCGAACGCAAGACCGCGUGUCAGCCAAACAGCGCAUCGGAGCCAUUGACAAGCGCACGGCUCACCUCCAGAACGAUGCGAGCUUGAUCGAUGUCGACGAGGGCGCCAGAGCCAUUCUCGACGAGCAACUUGAAGAGGUUGGUGCGAGGCUUGACAAAUCGCAGAAAGAACUGGAAAAGGCUAGUUGGGACCAGCAAAUAUCCGAGGAGAAUGAUAAGCUUUGGCACUUCGAGAAAGAGAACGAGAAACUGGGCCAAGAGCUUGUUGAAUGUACCCGCCUAGCUUCCGAGAGGGCGCAGCUCGACCUGAGGAAGAAGGAGGUCGCCGAAAGGAAGAGGAAGCUUGACACUCUGACUACCAUGUGGAAGCCAAAGCUUUCUGCUACCGUGGGCGAUGACUGGGACCUCGGCACGCUAGACUCCCAGUUCCAAGCGGCGGUGAAACAACAAAACAAGUCACUUCAAGAAGCUCGCCGGAUCCUGGAUCAGACCAGAAACAAGCAACAAAAAGUGGCAUUCAGGCUCAAAAACGCAAAGGACUCUGGGGAGCUCAAGACUCUGGAGGCCGAAAAGUGCAAACAGCAAGUUCUGGACGCUCUUCGGGAGGUUCGAGAGGGCGCGAGCAUCGACGACUACACCGACGAGGUUGCUUCCGUCGAACAGCAAGUUGAAGACCUGCGCAAUGAGCUGAGUCUCUUCGACGCACUGGUCGAUUAUUACAGCAAGUGCAAGCGGAUCCUCGAGUCCAAAAGAAAGUGUCUGCUAUGCGAACGCCACUUCGAUGACGGCCAGAACGCCAGCCUGGAAAGGCUUGGUAACAAGAUUGAAAAGAACCUCGAUCCAAAGGGCAAGGUGGACGUGGAGAAAGACUUGAAGGACUCGGUGGCGACUCUGGAGAGUCUUCGUGCCGUUCGAUCCUCUUACGAUACGUUUGAAAGAUUGACCGCGGAACUGCCCUCGAUACGGGACGAGCAAAGGGCCACUGAAGGUGAGCAUGACGGGCUCGAUCGCCAGCUGGAAGAGCACGAGGCAAGGGUUUUUGGUGAGGAGGAGAGGUUACGGGACCUCGACGAUCUCUCCAAGACAGUCGCGAGCAUUUCUCAGCUGUUCAGGGAUAUAAAAGACUCGGAAGGACACGUGGAUCGCAUAAUGUCACAGCAGAUGUCUGGUGUUGUCACGCGAAGCGCCGACGAGAUCCAGGAGCUCCAGGCCAGCAUUGGCGAGAAGCUGAGAGGUCUCAAGGCGCGGCUGGCCAAGCUCACGGCAGACAGACAGCGCAUGAAGGAUCAGGUGACGAGUCUGGAGCUUGAAAGAAGCGAGCUGAGGAACAAGAUUGGACACGUUGUCGGCCAGCUGGACAAGAAGCUGGAUAUUCAAAAGCAGAUACAAGCCUUGAGGGACGAAAUGAGCCAUCAACGGGAGAGCAUUCAGCGAGCUGACGAGGAGCUCGAGAGGAUCGAAGCAGGCAUCGUGGACGCUCGGUCAGCUCGAGACGAGACGCUUCGCGCCGGACGCGGCAGGGAGCAAGUGGUGGCGGACGAGCGGGACAGCAUCGCCAACUCUGUCAGCGAAAUCAGAAUGCUGGACAGCGACAUUCAGGAUUACCUGGACCGGGGCGGGCCAUCCAACCUGGCGUCGAACCAGCGCGACAUUGCGGCGUUGGAAAGGUCGAUUGGCGAGACGGAAAGGGACAUGACGGACAUUACGGUCCGGACGAACAAGCUGAAGCAGGAGAUUGACAGCGGGGAUCGCAAGAAGAAGAACAUUGGCGACAACCUCAACUACCGGAAGCACCUGAGGCAGCUGGAGGUGCUGCGGAGGGACAUUGGCGACCUGGAGGACCGCAACGCCCGCGAGGACUACGAGCGGCUGCAGGGCGAGGCUCGGUCGCUGGAGAACCAGUCGAGCCGGCUGCUCGCCGAGCGGGGCUCGGUCAUGGGCGCGAUGAAGACCAAGGACGAGGAGCUGGGCAGGCUGCUGCAGGAGUGGGAGAUGGACUACAAGGACGCCAGGCACAAGUACCGCGAGUCGCACAUCCGCGUCGAGACGACCAAGGCGGCCAUCGAGGACCUGGCGCAGUGCGGCGCGGCCGUCGACCGGGCCGUCAUGCAGUUCCACUCGGUGAAGAUGGCCGAGGUCAACCGCAUCGCCGGCGAGCUGUGGCAGUCGACGUACCAGGGGACCGACAUCGACACCAUCCUGAUCCGCUCCGACAACGAGUCGUCGACGGGCAAGCGCAGCUACAACUACCGCCUGUGCAUGGUCAAGCAGGACACGGAGAUGGACAUGCGCGGCCGCUGCUCGGCGGGCCAGAAGGUGCUCGCCAGCAUCAUCAUCCGCCUGGCGCUGGCCGAGUCGUUUGGCGUCAACUGCGGCCUGAUUGCGCUCGACGAGCCCACCACCAACCUGGACCGCGACAACAUCAAGAGCCUGGCCGAGAGCCUGCACGCCAUCAUCAAGGCGCGCCAGGCGCAGAGCAACUUUCAGCUGAUUGUGAUUACGCACGACGAGGACUUUCUGCGCCACAUGCGCUGCAGCGACUUUUGCGACAGCUUCUUCCGGGUGAAGCGGGACGAGAGGCAAAACAGCGUCAUUAUGAGGGAGAGCAUCACCAAGAUUUUCUGA